AUGCGCGUUGACGACUCGACUUACACAUACGAGCCGCGCGAGGUUGAGCUGCGCGUCCCCCGGUACUUUCGCCGCAGGGAGGUAGACAUUCACCGGAUUGCCUUUCCAGGUCGUCCCGACACGGCCAAGCUGUUCGCCGCGAAGCAGCUUCGCCUUGUUCCUGUUAUUGCCCUUGACUGGCAGUCGCGGUGUCUUUCUCUGUGCUGCGACCCGGCAUCCCUGUCGCGCUACACUGCCUUAGCUCCAGGUCGGCGUCGCUGCUAA